AUGUCUUCAAACUAUACCACUCCUUUAGACGAUGAGGUUUUUCCCUUAUCUUUUGCCAACUAUCAGUAUACCGAACAUGUGACACUUGGUGAGGACUAUUCACUCAAUUCUUCGGAAGAUGCUAAAUAUAAUCUAAGUGGUACUUCCGUGGUACCGAGAGACGCCGGAAAGUUCGAUUUGAACAUGUCUUCUACUCUAGACGAGACUGUGUUCUCGUUAGAUAAUGCUCAAGAGAAUAUCUACAAACACCAAGCAAUGAAUAACGUCCAAGAUUGUCGCAUGGCUGUCUCGGCCAAAACCGCCCAAUCAUGUGAUAAAUUAACCGAUCUUUACGCCAAUGCCGCCCAACAAAACUACAGAUUGUGGCUAUCUUCCUUUUAG